ACUUAAAAAAACUAAAUAUACUGACAGAAAGUUGAAGUUUAUUUAAAAAAAUGUUCAUAUACCAACUUUUCAAGAUACCUAAUAUAUUGAAUCUAUGGCUCCUCUGCUCUCUAAGGAGAAGAGAGAAUACCAUUUUAAAAGAAAUCAUGUACUUUUUCAAAAAAUCAUUUGCUGUUGCUGCCUUGAAAAGAACAACAAAUGCAUUCCAGUUAAUAAAAAUUUGGAAGGCCUGGUUCAAGUUUUCUGUAAGCCUGAGUUUUCACUUAAAGUAUUUGCCUACCCUACAGGAUUAUGCCCAGGUUGCAAGAAAAACUUAUAUCUCUGUAAGGCUGGUAAAACUAUUGCAGACACAGUUACUUUAAAAUGGAAAAAUUCUGAUUUGUCUAGCUUGCAAACCUCUAGAGAUUGCUCAAUAUUAUGCAGUAUAUGCAGUCAAGGAAGAAAUAGAUUAUUAAAUAAAAGUAUAAAAAAGGGAACUAGCUCAACACUGAAAUUUUGCCAAAUAUGUUUCUGUGAAAUUGCUAAAGGUAAACCCCACAAAUGUUCCCCUUUAAAGAGUAGCACAAAUCUUUAUGAGAGUAUUUCUAAAAUUUCUAAAAAAGUAAAAGAACAAGUAGCUUCUUCCCUUCUAAAAGAAAUUUAUUCUGAUCAAGAACAAAGUCUAGGAGCUCAAGCCAUUCUCAGAACAGGAGGUAAAAGUAUUCAUAUUACACUCGGUACUCGGGAAAGUGACCAGAGAAAGAUUCCUUAUAAUGAAGUAGAAGUUUUAGUAAAUACCUUAGGACUUAGUCAAUUGAAGUCAUAUGAAAUGUUAAAAACAUUGAGGAGAAGCGGCGUAAAGUUUGAGUCAAACAUAGAGAAAGCCCUGGAUGAAAAAAGUAAACUACUUUCCAACUUUUAUGUCACUGAAUUAUUAGACUUUCAAGAAAAGGAAAAAGAUAAUGACUAUGCUACAGUGAAGAGACACUUGGUAUACAUUGAAGAUAUUACAACAUUUUUGGAUUUUGUAAUGAAAUAUCGAGGGCAGGUUCCACAAAACACAUUUGUAAAGGUUGGAAUAGAUUCAGGUGGAGGAUCACUGAAAGUUAUAGUAAAUCUGUUUGAUCCAACCAAGGACAGGACAGAAGAUAGCAGCUCCUUAGGAUCAUACUCAGGAGCAAAUACGUCACUUGUUUUAGCUUAUUGUGAAAGGGUAAGUGAGAAUCAUUCUAACAUGACAAUGAUUGUGGAAAAAUUAAAAUUGCAUGAAUGCAAGUACUCAUUGGCUUCUGACAUGAAGUUAAUUAACAUAUUGCUAGGAAUUUCGGCUCAUGGAGGAAAGUAUGCUUGUGCAUGGUGUGAAGGUUCUUCAGAAUUAUUUUCUGGAGAGUUAAGAACAUUUCAAUCUUUGAAUAAUUACUAUGAACUGUAUUCAUCUGCAGGAUCUCCGGUGAAAAGAAUGAAAGAAUAUAAGAAUGUCAUUAAUCCUUGUCUGCUUAAGAUAGAAGACAAAUCUCUAAGUAUAAUAAGAGAGAUUCCAUUAUCAGAACUUCACCUUCUGAUGGGAUUUGUUAACCAUGUGGCAGAAUUUAUAAUGCAACUUUGGCCUGGAUUUAUAGAUUGGGUCAAGAGCAUUGGAUGCCUUCGAAAAGGUUACCAUGGAGGAACAUUUGAAGGAAACACGUGUAGAGAGAUACUUAAAAGUUGCGACAAACUUGAGUUGAUAAUUCCUGUUGAACUGUAUCCUCUCUUAGAAACAAUGAGAAAAUUUAAUAAGGUUGUUCAUGGUGUCUUUAGCUAUAAACUUGACCCAAACUAUUCAAUUUUAAUUGAAAGUUUUACACAAAGCUAUAAGGAUGCACAAGACUAUUGCAGAGAGUUUUUAGGUAAACAGCUCACGGUUACUUGGAAAGUACAUGCUGUAACAGCACAUCUGGAAACAUUUGUUGAUUUGAGUGGCCUUUCCCUUGGGCAGUUUAAUGAGCAGACAUCUGAAUCUUGCCAUUCCAAGAUGAAAAGUGUAAUAAACAGGUUUGGAGUCUCGCAGUACAGCAACAAACAUAAAGAAAGAAGCAAAAGAAUUGCUGAAGUGUUCAGUUCAAAUAAUUUAUAAGUUAUUGAACAUUAAUUGUACAUCAAAACAUAAACAUUAUUGAAAUCUUAAAGUUAAAAAAAUUUGUAAAUUUAUUCAAAAAGACACUAAAAAUACAUUAGUAU